ACUGAGCUAAUCUUAUCAGUGCAGGUCUUAGUUAAACUCCUUCCAUCAGGAGAGUGUAGUGUCGCAGAGGAGCUCACGCCUCCAGGACAUGGACCAGAGCGGCCUCUCCGACUCGGACGUGGACAGGGCCAGCGGCAGCAGCCCGGGGGACCAGGAGGAGCAGCCCGGGACCCAGGCCUCGGUGAAGUGUGGCUCUGUCAUCUCCCCCCUGCUCCACACAUGCGCCCAAAGUGUGUCCCUACAGACGCCCGCCUCCACAGACACACCGGGGACGGAGGGGACGGAGGGGACGCAUGGAGACGUCCCCCGGGAGACCAGCGAUGAGUGUCCUGUGUGCACCGAGCCUUUCCAGAAACAGGGAGACCACGCUGCCGCCAUCCUGCACUGUAACCACCCGGUGUGCCAGCGGUGCCUGCAGGCCGUCCAGCGCCUGUCCCGGGACCCCAGCAGGCUGAGGUGCCCCCUGUGCCGGCAGACCACGCCCCUGCCCCAGUGGGACAUGUUCAUCCUGCAGGAGGACAUGUACAGCGGGGGCGUGGACAUAUGCCAGGGCGGGCGGGUGGAGGCGGGCACGGACCUCGGCCCCUGGUCUCGCUACAGACUCAUGAGGAUCCACUCUCUGUACCUGUACGUGUCUGUGCUGGUGCUGCUGCUGCUCAUGCUGGGCUACCUGCUGUCCCGAGACAAGUGA